AUGGGGAAUAAGAUCGCGCGGACGACGCAGGCGUCGGCGACGGAGUACUACCUCCACGACCUGCCGUCCACCUACAACCUCGUGCUCCUCGACGUCGUCAGCCGCGGCCGCUUCCUCAAGUCCGUCCGCUGCAAGCACGACGAGGGGCUGCUGCUCGUCAAGGUCUACUUCAAGCGCGCCGGCGAGCCAAUCGACCUUAAGGAGCACGAGCGGAGGCUGGAACGGAUUAGGAACGCGUUCAAGGGGAUCGAGGGGUCUCACGUAUGGCCCUUCCAGGUUUGGCUGCAAACAGAUAAGGCAGCAUAUCUCCUGAGACAGUACUUCUUCAACAACCUGCACGAUCGACUGAGUACACGCCCUUUCCUCAGUCAGAUUGCAAAGAAAUGGCUUGCCUUUCAGUUAAUUCAUGCAGUGGAGCAGAGCCAUAGUAAGGGAAUUUGCCAUGGUGACAUAAAAUGUGAGAAUGUGCUCGUUACUUCUUGGAAUUGGCUAUAUCUUGCGGACUUUGCAUCAUUCAAGCCAACGUAUAUCCCGGAUGACGAUCCAUCUGAUUUCUCAUUCUAUUUCGACACUGGAGGAAGACGAAGAUGCUAUCUAGCACCUGAAAGAUUCUACGAACAUGGUGGUGAGUCCCAAGUUGCAGCAGACGCACCUUUGCAACCAUCUAUGGAUAUAUUUUCUCUUGGGUGCGUUCUUGCUGAACUUUUCCUUGAAGGCCAGCCACUUUUUGAGCUUUCACAACUUCUGGCUUAUCGGCGUGGUCAGUAUGACCCCAUACAUACCCUAGAAAAGAUACAAGAUACUGGUAUCCGUGACAUGAUACUUCACAUGAUCCAGUUGGACCCCAAAAAAAGGCUACCAUGUCGAAGCUAUCUGCAGAAAUAUGAAUCUGUUGUGUUCCCAUUUUAUUUUUCAAAGUUUCUGCACAAGUUCUUCUCGGAUAUUGUUCCACUUGACUCCGAUGCCAGGGUUGAAAAGACUCAAGAAAAUUUUGAGAAGAUACAUGAAAUAAUGAUGGGCAGCUCAACAAUUGAACAAAUUGAAAGAUCUACAUCGUGUGAGCAUAGUGAACCAUCUGGGAGAAAAGGCAUGGGAGGGGAAAUUUUAAACUCACCAGGAGAUUCUAGAAACAGCACAUCCGUAGUUAAGAAAAAUACUCCUGUAGGCCAUCAACAUAUUGUUGGAGAUAUCAAUUUUCUCCUCAAAGAAGUGGAGAGCAGGAGUAACAACACAAGCACAAAGGUGACAAAAGACAUUGACCAUUUUGUUGCACCAAGCAUUCCCUGUGCAAGUGGUAAUCAGUCCUCGCAGCUAGUUAAUCCAGCAGGAAGGCAAAUUGGAACUGGUUUGAUGGGUCGGAACAAUGUUGUAUCUCAUGUGAAGAUCUCAAAGAGUCAUUUACCCUCCUUGGUGGCUGCUUAUGAUGACCAAUCAGAUACCUAUAGUUUUGACAUUUUUCAGCAGAUGGACUCCAAGGUGAGCUGUGAAGGCAUGGUCUUGCUUGCCUCAUUACUCUGCUCAUGCAUACGCAGUGUGAAAAAACCUGAGCUAAGAAGAGCCAGUCUCAUUCUUCUGAAGUUCUCGUCCACAUACAUAGAUGAUGAUAGUCGCUUACAGCUAGUGGUUCCCUAUGUGAUUGCGAUGCUUUCAGAUCCAUCCGCCAUUGUCCGCUGUGCUGCUUUGGAAACCUUAUGUGAUGUUCUUUGUCUUGUGCAAGAUUUUCCUAUCAGUGAUGCUGUUAUAUUCCCUGAGUACAUCCUCCCAAUGCUCUCUUUGCUCCCUGAUGAUACAGAAGAGAGUCUUAGGGUUUGCUAUGCUAGCAACAUUCAUAAGCUGGCUUUAACAGCCUAUAGGUUCCUACUUCGUUCUCGUAGCAUAGCGGAUAUUCGACUUCUGGAUGAAUCAGUGGUAGCUCCCAGAUCACAGUCUGCAGAUUUACCAGUGAAGAAGCAAGAUGAUUUUUUUCGCCAGCUUGCAGAACUGAGGAAAUCUAUUUAUGAGAUAGUGCAAGAUUUGGUGAUGGGACAAAAGCAGACACCUAAUACCCGUAGAGCUCUUCUGCAGGAUAUAGGUUAUUUGUGUUACUUCUUUGGGCACAGACAAAGUAACGAUUUCCUUCUUCCUAUACUUCCAGCAUUUCUAAAUGAUCAUGAUGAGCAGCUCCGCGCAGUUUUCUUUGGCCAGAUUGUCUAUGUUUGCUAUUUUAUUGGAGCAAGGAGUGUUGAGGAAUAUCUUUUGCCAUAUCUUGAACAGGCACUAAGUGACGGUAUGGAGGCUGUCCUUGUAAAUGCACUUCAUUGCUUGACCAUGAUGUGCAGAAGUGGUUAUUUGAGAAAAAGAGUAAUUGUUGGUCUAUUGGUAAAGGUUCUCCCCCUGCUCCGGUAUCCAAUCAAUUGGGUUAAGCAGUCUGCUGUAAGAUUUGUUGCUGCCUGCAGCGAGAGCUUAGGAUCUGUAGAUACUUAUGUGUACCUUUCUCCUCAUCUAAGGCAGUUCCUACACAGGGAGCCACCUUCAUUGGCCUCUGAAACUGCUCUUCUUUCAUGUCUUAAGUCUCCGCUACCAAAAUCAAUCUUCUACCAAGCUUUAGAGGAUGCUCAGGACAUUGGAGACAUUUUACUGAAGAGCAGUGGCAAGAAAGAACAGAUAGUACAUGGUGGAAGAUACCCUGGUACAGCACAAAGUGGAUCCUCGGCCAACCUUGAAGAUAUUGGGCGACUGAAAGGCCCUAACAUUUCCAGCAACAUGUCUUUGGAUGUCAAAGACUCCGUUUCUUUUGACAAAUCACUAUAUUCUGGUUUUGCUCUACAAGCAUCUGCUGCAAAUAGCUCCUUUUAUGAUGGCUUAUCUAAAGGAAUACCAUCAUAUUCUUUUUGUACUGAUAAGCAGGGUUUAGGAGAAACACACAUGCUCCCUGAUUCAUCAGUGUAUAAAGCUUCAAUAAGGCUACCUUGGUUGGAACCCAACCGUCCUGGCGUGCAGACUAGAGAUGAUCAUUUUAGUAGCAAGCGGCGAGAGUUGAGCAUCAAUGACUCUAUGAAGAGCAGUUCCUCUUUGCAAGGGGAUAGCACUCCAAACUCUGACACUGGAGGAUUGCCGUUCUCCAGAUCAGCAGUGAACCUGGAGACUGGAUGGAAGCCUCGUGGAAUUCUAGUGGCACAUCUCCAGGAGCAUCGCUCGUCUGUCAAUGACAUUGCCGUGUCGAAUGACAAUACCUUUUUUGUGACUGCUUCAGACGACUCAAGCAUCAAAAUAUGGGAUACAAGAAAGUUAGAAAAGGACAUUGCCUUCAGAUCUAGGUUAACAUACAGCAUGGGUAAUAGCCGAGCUCUAUGUACGACAAUGGUUCAUGGUACUUCACAGGUUAUUGUUGGUGCUAGCGAUGGAACAUUACACUUGUUUUCUGUGGAUUGCGCACGUAGUAUUGGGAGUGUUGUGGAAAGGUAUGCUGGAAUUGUCGAUGUAAAAAGGAAUGAUAUUAAAGAAGGCGCGAUUCUCAGUGUUGUAACUUGUUCAUCAGACAGCUUUAGCCCAACUGUUCUUUUCAGCACUGAACAUUGUGGCAUCCAUAAAUGGGAUACAAGAACGAACUCUGAAUCUUGGUCAUUUAAAUCCUCUCCGGAGGAGGGCUAUAUAUCGGCACUUGUUGUGGGCCAGUGUGGAAAUUGGUUCAUCUCAGGUUCUUCAAGAGGCGUCCUUACAUUGUGGGACAAUAGGUUUUUACUGCCUGUUAACUCGUGGAACUAUUCAACAGUAAGCCCUAUAGAGAAAUUGUGCUUGCUUAUACCUCCACCAAGUUCAAUAUCUUCUGCUGGAAGGCCAUUAGUUUUUGUCGCCGCUGGAUGCAACGAAGUUUCUCUGUGGAAUGCUGAGAAUGGAAGUUGCCACCAGAUGUUUAGAACAGCGAUCACUGACAAUGAAGCUGUGAUGUCAAAGGCGCCAUCAAGGCCUGUUAACAAGCCAAUCAUCAAAGAUAUAAGGAGAGCAGGCAAUUAUAAGUACAGAAUUGAUGAAUUGAAUGACCCACCUGUACGCCAUCCAGGCAUACGCUCUUUGCUGCCCUUACCAGGUGGUGAUCUAUUAACUGGAGGAACAGAUUUGAAGAUUCGUUACUGGGAUCAAGCCAGGCCUGAGCAAAGCUUCUGUAUUGCUGGUCCCUCGGCGAAAGAAGUCCGUUCAGCAAAAGGAGAUAUUUUGGAGAAAGCAGUUGGAAACGAUGAGUGUUACGAUAUAAGAUCCAGUUUUGGAGUACAAGUUGUGCAGGAAAUGUACAAACAGAGUACCACGGUCUCUGGUUUGACGCCCAAGACUCAGCUUGCGGUGGCAGCCGCAGAUUCUGCCGGGUGCCAUCGUGACGCAAUACUCGCGCUGGCAUCCUUCAACUUGUCUAGCCAGAGAUUGAUAUCAGCCAGUAGAGACGGUGCUGUCAAAGUGUGGAAAUAG